UCUCCCCCUCUCUCUCUCUUGAUCGACUCAGGUGCCCAGUGCCUGCGUCUGGGCUUUCCGCCCUACUUCCAAUGCAUCUCCUGUCCGAAGGGUCACCAGAUAAACGGCACCAGCUGCAGAGAUGUGGACGAGUGUGCCAUCUAUCAGCCCUGCGAUGAACUGACUGUCUGCACCAAUCUCAAUCCGGGCUUCAAGUGUGCGCCCUGUCCGUCCGGCUUUGAUGGCAUCCAUGCUCAUGGCUAUUUCGCGGACCAUCUAUCGGUGGACUACAGGAAGCAGACCUGCCUGGACACCGACGAGUGCCAGUCGGGCUACUUUAGUUGUCCGCUUCAUGCCACCUGCAUCAAUGAGAUUGGCUCGUACAGAUGCCAAUGCAAUGAUGGUUUUGUGACCAAUGGCACCUACAGCUGUCUGGACAGGUCCUCGGUGUCUGUCUGUCCGGAUGGACGCAUCUGUGACAGGAACGCCGUCUGCGUGUACUCCGACAGCGUGCACUAUCAGUGCCGCUGCACCGUUGGCUGGGCGGGCAAUGGCCUGGUCUGUGGCCAGGAUCGGGAUCUGGAUGGCUGGCCCGACCAAUCGCUGGCCUGUCCCGAGCUCCACUGCCAGCGCGACAAUUGCCCGGAUCUGCCCAAUUCCGGACAGGAGGAUGCCGAUCUGGAUGGCCAUGGCGACGGCUGCGACGAUGAUGCCGACGGGGAUCAGGUGCAGAACAACAAGGACAAUUGUCCGCUGGCCUACAACACCGAGCAGCUGGACGCGGACGGGGAUGGGGUGGGCGAUGUGUGCGACAAUUGUGGACACAAGUUCAAUCCCCGGCAACUGGACGCCGAUGGGGAUGGUGUGGGCAAUGCCUGCGACGAGGACAUAGACAACGAUUCCAUACCGAACGAGGUGGACAACUGUCCGCUGCUGCGGAAUCCCAAUCAGUCGGAUGUGGACAACGACGGGGUGGGCGAUGUCUGCGACAAUUGCCCCACUAUACCCAAUCCCAUGCAGGAGGAUCGCGACAUGGAUCUGGUGGGCGAUGCCUGCGACAGUGGCAUCGAUGGCGACGACGAUGGCAUCCAGGACUCGGAGGACAACUGCCCGAUGGUGAGCAACUCCGACCAGCUGGACACGGAUGGCGAUGGCAAGGGCGAUGCCUGCGACGAUGACAUCGAUGGCGACGGCAUUCCCAACUACAGGGACAACUGUCCCCUGGCCAAGAAUCCCAAGCAGCUGGACUUCAAUCGGAACGGCAAGGGCGACAUCUGCGAGGAGGACGAGGACGUGGAUGGUAUACCAAACAUCAUCGACAAUUGUCCCAACAAUUCGAUGAUCCAUCACACGGACUUUCGAUCCAUACGUGCUGUGCGCCUGGAUCCCGAGGGCGAGUCCCAGCUGGAUCCCAAUUGGGUGGUCCAUGCCAAUGGCACAGAGAUUGUCCAGACCCUCAACUCUGAUCCCGGUCUUGUCGUGGGCGACGAUGCCUUCGGCGGCGUCGACUUUGAGGGCACUUUCUAUGUGAACGAUGACACGGACGACGACUAUGCGGGCUUCAUCUUCAGCUACCAGAGCAAUCACAAGUUCUAUGUGGUCCAGUGGAAGAAGGGCUCACAGACAUACUGGGAGUCGAAGCCAUUCAUUGCUUCUGCGGAGCCGGGCAUUCAGAUCAAGCUCAUUGAUAGCCACACGGGCCCUGGUUCCAUGAUGAGAAAUAGUUUGUGGCGCGACAGUGACACUCCAGGGCAGGCGCGUCUGCUGUGGAAGGAUCCCAGGAAUGUGGCCUGGAAGGAGAAGACCUCCUAUCGCUGGUCCCUUGUCCAUCGUCCAGCGAUUGGUCUGAUACGAUUGCAAAUGUACGAGGGCCAGAGUUUGGUCAUCGACUCGGGCAACGUCUACGAUUCCACGCUCAAGGGCGGACGUCUGGGCGUGUUCUGUUUCUCCCAGGAGAUGAUUAUAUGGUCGAAUCUGAAGUACAAAUGCAACAACCACGUUGACCCUUUGAUCUACAAGGAUCUGUCCGACCAUCUGAAGCUGAAAGUGGAGUUGCAGAACUAAUGGGCCUUUCACCAGCCAUAAACAAAGCUUAUCUGCCAUGAAUUUUAACCAAAUUACAAAUUAACUACGUAAAAUCUAUGUAAAACCUAAUGCAAUCUAUGCUUAAUAAAAGA